CCGCCAGGUCCUUCCGUAGUCUUUCCAAGAUGGCGUCGCAGUACUACCAGGAGAUGCAGGAGAACUUCAAGAACAACAGCAAGAGCCGCGAGUUCCCCGCGCACUCCGCCAAGGUGCACUCGGUGGCCUGGAGCUGCGACGGCCGGAGACUCGCCUCCGGGUCUUUCGACAAAACAGCCAGUGUCUUCAUCCUGGAGAAGGACCGUCUGGUGAAAGAGAACAACUACAGAGGUCACGGCGACAGCGUGGAUCAGCUCUGCUGGCACCCGACCAACCCGGACCUGUUCGUCACGGCAUCCGGAGACAAGACCAUUCGCAUAUGGGACGUCCGGACCACCAAAUGCAUCGCCACCGUCAACACCAAAGGAGAAAACAUCAACAUCUGCUGGAGCCCUGACGGUCAGACCAUCGCCGUCGGGAACAAGGACGACGUGGUGACCUUCAUCGACGCCAAGACUCACCGCUCCCGGGCCGAGGAGCAGUUCAAGUUCGAGGUGAACGAGAUCUCCUGGAACAACGACAACGACAUGUUCUUCCUCACGAACGGAAACGGUUGCAUCAAUAUUCUGAGUUACCCGGAGCUGAAGCCCAUCCAGUCCAUCAACGCUCACCCGUCCAACUGCAUCUGCAUCAAGUUCGACCCCACGGGGAAAUACUUUGCCACAGGAAGUGCGGACGCCCUGGUCAGCCUGUGGGACGUGGAGGAGCUGGUGUGCGUCCGCUGCUUCUCCAGGUUAGACUGGCCCGUGAGGACUCUGAGCUUCAGCCACGACGGGAAGAUGUUGGCGUCGGCGUCUGAGGAUCACUUCAUAGACAUCGCCGAGGUGGAGACAGGAGAGAAGCUGUGGGAGGUCCAGUGCGACUCUCCGACCUUUACCGUCGCCUGGCACCCGAAGAGGCCGCUGCUGGCGUACGCCUGCGACGACAAGGACGGCAAGUACGACAACAACCGCGAGGCGGGCACCGUCAAACUGUUCGGCCUGCCCAACGACUCCUGAGGCGCAUCGGACCAGUAUGAACCGAUACCACCGGUUUUGCUCUCUUAGGAUUUUUCGUUUUGCUUCAAAUCAUAAGAGGAAACAAACACGAGGACGAUGCUGCUGCAGUCGCUGUUUGCCACCAGCAGAUGGUGACGUUGUCCCAACUCUCCUCUAACGAGAAGCCAUUCCCUGUUUUCAUACACUCAUUGAAAACACAAUCCCCUUGUGCUGUAAUAUAUUAUUUUCAUGUAAAAUACGUUUUGUUUUGAUAUUAAAACUACUCUCUUUUUAAUAA